GUGAGGCUGGCGGACGCUCAGUUGAAGCUCUGAAGAUGAACUUGGCUCUGGUCCACGACAGACUGCACAUUAAGACGUUCUGGGAGAAGAAGAUUAACACUGAAUGUCAACAUGUUGAGAGCGAAGAGCAGAGAAAGAACAAGAGCGCGCUGGAAAAGCUGAGGGCGGAAUGGCUGGUCCGCCUGGAAAAAAGAACCAAACACCUGAAGAACCUCGACAAGUACGCCAGGAAGGUCAAGGUGGAGAAGUCUGCCGACCAGACAGGAGCUCAAACAAACGGGGAUGAAGAAGAUAAACAGUGA